AUCGUCAACUGUGAGCAACAAUGAUUGAAUAAUUCAGUUGAUGUUUUGUGCAAAAAGGUGAUGACCAAUGUGUCUUGUUAGGAAUUUUCAAAUCUGACUUCUCCAUGUGGAAAUUGUCUUUCUGGGCCGAGCGUCAGUUAAACUGCAGUACCGAUGCAAAACUGUAGGAGCAAUCGAAAUCGUGCUUCUAGACAGGAACCCUAGCCCCUUGAUCUGCCACAGCAUACCUGACAACUCUCUCGACAGGAGUGGAAACUAAAAAUAAGGGAGGGAAUUCUUAGUCAGCGGAAGUCGUUUGUAGUGUGUGCUGCUGACAAACGAACAUGUUGUCAGAAGGCAGCUCCUUCAUGAAGGGGAUGGCCCUGGGAGGCAUAUUCUGCCUGUUGUUGUCCCUGUUAGGGAGCUUCACACCAGGCAUGCAGUCUAGCCCAGAGGACCAGCACCACCACCACCACCACAUCAAGGCUCCCACCAACGACGAGCUACAGAGCCUGUCCGAGCCCCAGAUGUUGGAGCUGAGCCAGAAGGUGCGAGUCUAUUGCGUCAUCAUGGUUCAGCCUAAGGUCCUAGUGUAUUGGGCCACAGCCAAGGACACCUGGGGUAAACACUGCGACCAGGCCGUAUUCUACAGCUCCGAGUCAGCCAAAGCUCUGGAAGCGGUGGACCUUAACGAACAGGACGAGUGGGCCAAGCUGCACAAGGCCCUGAAGCACGCGUAUGACAAUUCCGGUGACCUGCGCUGGUUCUUUGUGGCGCGGCCUACCACCUUUGCCAUUAUUGAGAACCUCAAGUACCUCGUUCUGGCCAAAGACCCCAACGAGCCCUUUUACAUCGGUCACACCAUGAAAUCGGGCGAGCUGGAGUACGUGGAGUACGAGAGCGGCAUCGUGCUGAGCUACGAGGCCCUCAGAAGGCUGGUGAACGUGUUCAAAGACGGGGAGAAGUGUCCAGAGCGAGGCAGAUCCCUGUGGAAGCUAAGCGAGGAGAAACAGCUGGCCAUGUGUCUGAAGUACACUGGGGUCUUUGCAGAGAAUGGUGAGGACACACAGGGCAAGGGGCUGUUCAACAGUAAGAGUGUGGGUUCACUCAUCGAAGACGGCAUGUCCAAAAACUCUUUGGAUGUGGUGGAGGGCUGUUGCUCUGACUUAGCCAUCACCUUUAGCGGAAUGUCACCAAACCAGAUGCAGGUCAUGAUGUUUGGGGUUUACAGACUACGCCCGUAUGGGCACAACUUCCAUGAUUCCUUGAUAUUCCUGCCCCCCGAGGGUUCUGACAAUGACUAAAGUACAAGGCUUCCCCCUUUGGGCCAGACAUGGAAUUAAAAAGACUGCUGCUGUGUGAUGUCAAGUCUAACUGUUGAAUAAAGACCGUUUUCUUAUUCAGUUUGUAUACGAGGGAGGGUGGCAAAAUCAUUAGUCUUAGUCUUUUAUACCUUUUGAAAUUUGCACUCUGCACAAUACAAUUGUGGUUGUGAAGAAUGUAGGCUUAACGCAGUGCUAUGAAGAAAUAUAUCUAAUUCUUUCACACAAUUAGUUUUUUUCUCAUUGGUAUCUGUGGCUGAUUUGGUUUAAUUAGGCUAAUACAAGGCCACAUGGAGUGAACAUUUGGUGAAAUUCAUCAAGUAUUGAGAUGACUAAAAGUCUGUAAAGAAAUAGUUUGCUACACAUGAUUGUUGUCAUUGUAAUGAAAUUAAUGUUGGUAGAUUUGUUUAUUUUGUAACUAUUUUACCCACUUGGAAAACCAGGUGAAAUAAAAAUUGCCUGAAAUUGACA